UUAACGGGAAAUUCCGGGGAUGAGACACUGAUUGAAAUGAAUGAGACUGGAUCGCCAAGUGGCGAGGAAAACAACGGCUUCCAUUCCACCUCCUACACGGAAGAUGGAUCCUCUCAGCAUGAAGGUGACAAGGUGGAUAAACAGAAGCAGAGUAAGGACUCUGUGUUUUUCAGGGAUGGAGUGAGAAGGAUAGAUUUUGUCCUCUCCUAUGUGAUGGAUGACGUGAAGGAUGCAGAGAAGAAAAUGGAGAGGAGGAAAGUGUAUGAGGCCAAUCUACAGAAGGCAGGACUUGAACUAGAGACUGAAGACAAAUCAGAGUCAGACGACGGGCGAACCUACUUCCUUAAAAUUCACGCUCCGUGGGAGGUGUUGGCCACGUACGCGGACGUUCUGAAAAUCAAAGUUCCGUUUAAAGCCAAUGACAUCCCUGAUAACAGAGAGAUGCCUGCCAAAUGGCUCUUCACGCCGCUCCGUCUGCCCGAACAUAUCAUGCACCCCGACCCCGACUACUUCACCUCGCCUUUCGACAAGAGCAAGAUCGACUUCUUCCUCAUCGAUGACAAAGAGACCUUCUUUCCCCCGUCGACGCGAAACAGAAUCGUCUACUACAUCUUGGCCCGUUGCUCAUACAGCAAAGACAGCGACGUCAACAAAGACAAGAAGGGCCUGAAAAGGCUGCUAAACAAUGGGACCUACACGUCAGCCUUCCCACUGCAUGACUGUCGGUACUGGAAAAGGUCUAGCGAUCCAAACUGUGAGAGUGAGCGCUUUAACCUGUACCGAUACUGGGCCCAGUUUUUCCGCUUCUACAAGCAGCAACCCCUGAACCUCAUACGAAAGUACUAUGGAGAGAAGAUUGGCAUCUAUUUUGCCUGGCUGGGCUUCUAUACAGAGAUGCUCUUCUAUGCGGCCAUCGUUGGCCUUAUCUGUUUCAUCUACGGACUCACCACCUACGACGAAAAUGUCUGGAGUAAGGAGAUCUGUGAUGAGAAUAUCGGAGGUCAGAUUGUCAUGUGUCCUCUCUGUGAUAAGAAGUGUGGUUACUGGAAGCUCAGCAGCACAUGUAGUUCAUCCUGGCAAUCCCAUUUGUUUGACAACACGGCGACCGUAUUCUUCGCUAUAUUUAUGGGAAUAUGGGUGACGCUGUUCCUGGAGAUGUGGAAACGGCGACAGGCUCGGUUGGAGUAUGAAUGGGACCUGGUGGAUUUUGAGGAAGAACAGCAGCAGCUACAGCUCCGACCCGAAUACGAGACCAAAUGCACCAGCCGCCGACUCAACCGCAUUACCCAGGAAAUGGAGCCUUACUUACCCGUAACCAGCAAGUGUGCCCGCUCCUUUCUGUCUGGAGCCACCGUCCUCUUCUGGAUGGGUCUGAUUAUUGCCAGUAUAAUUGGAGUGAUUGCGUACCGGUUGGCAGUGUACGCGGCCUUUGCCAGUAUCAUGAAAGACAGUCCCACCAAUAACAUUGAGUUCGUGGGCUCCAUCAUCACCCCUCAGCUGGCCACGUCCGUCACCGCAUCCUGCAUCAACUUCGUCAUCAUAAUGGUUCUCAAUUUCCUGUACGAACGCGUGGCGAUCUGGAUCACUGACAUGGAGAUCCCAAAGACGCACCUGGAGUACGAGAACAGACUGACUAUGAAAAUGUACCUCUUCCAGUUUGUCAACUACUACUCAUCCUGUUUCUACGUGGCCUUCUUUAAGGGCAAGUUCGUCGGUUACCCCGGCAAAUACGCCUACAUGUUCAACGAAUGGAGUGGGCUGAGGAAUGAGGAGUGUGACCCUGGUGGCUGUCUGAUUGAGUUGACCACUCAGCUGGUGAUAGUCAUGGCUGGGAAACAGGUGUGGGGGAACAUUCAGGAAGCCCUAGUACCGUGGCUGCGUAACUGGUGGAGCAGUAGAAAUGCGCGUAACCACCCAGAGAGUCUGUACAGUCGCUGGGAACAGGAUCAUGACCUGCAGAGCUUCACUCAGCUCGGACUCUUCUAUGAGUACCUGGAGAUGGUCAUUCAGUUUGGCUUUAUCACUCUGUUUGUGGCGUCCUUUCCACUGGCUCCCCUCCUGGCUCUCUUUAAUAACAUCCUGGAGAUCCGUGUGGACGCGUGGAAACUCACCUCCCAGUUCCGCAGGCCCGUGGCAUCCAAGGCUCACAGCAUCGGAGCCUGGGAGGAGAUCCUCAACAUGGUGGCCAUCCUGUCUGUCGUCACCAACGCGUUUAUUGUGGCCUUCACCUCUGACAUGAUUCCGCGGCUGGUAUAUAUGUAUGCCUAUCAGACCGGUUCAGAGGCGGCCAUGGAGGGUUAUAUCAACAACAGCCUGUCCAUCUUCAACAUCAGUGCCAUUCCUGAAAAAAACCAGCCCGAUCCUGACGAGAACCCGGUCUGGUUCAACAGUUCCAUCACCACGUGCAGGUACCGUGACUAUCGCUAUCCUCCAGGGCAUGAGAAGGAGUACACUCACACCAUGCAGUUCUGGCACAUUCUGGCAGCCAAACUGGCUUUCAUCAUCAUCAUGGAGCAUGUGGUGUUUAUAGUGAAGUUCUUUGUGGCCUGGUUGAUUCCGGAUGUGCCUGCAGAUGUGAAGGCUCGUGUAAAACGGGAGCGCUAUCUGGUCCAGGAGUAUCUGCACAACUAUGAGGUGGAGAAACUGCGAAUUCAGCUCAGUCAGAACAACGGCAUGUGCACGUGCCCUGAGCCCGAAGAGGUCGCCGUCUCCACGCGCGAGGUGCUCUCCUCGUGCUUAACCUAG